ACAUUAACUCUGUUAUCCCUGUUACUCCAUUGUUUACGUGUUCCAGGCCAUAGUUCCAUGCUUUUCAAAUGGAUAUGAUCACGUCGGUGUCGCAUUUUACUGCGUGGGUCGUCCUCCCAGGAUGCAGACGGAAACUCCGGAGGCAAGGUGCAGAGGGUUUUUUUGUCACAGAAAACCUAUCCAUCCAUCCAUCCAUCCAUCCAUCUUCUUCCGCUUAUCCGAGGUCGGGUCGCGGGGGCAGCAGCUUAAGCAGGGAAGCCCAGACUUCCCUCUCCCCAGCCACUUCGUCCAGCUCCUCCCGGGGGAUCCCGAGGCGUUCCCAGGCCAGCCGGGAGACAGAAAACCUAAAUAUGAUAAAAUCACACAAAUUGCAUCUUUAGAGUGUUUUUUUGUCACAGAAAACCUAAAUAUGAUAAAAUCCCACAAAUUGCAUCUUUAAUGCAUUAUCUCCUUGUUGUUGUUUUAAACAUUGCUUGGAAGUCUGCAGUUGGGCUCCUUUCUGCCACUAUGUAAAUGAGAACAAUUAUGCUUUAUGACGCAAGCGCGUACAUUAAGCAUCUCUGAGGCAAUAGGGCUGUACUGUCGUAAUAAUAAUGAGGACGUCAGAUAAAAGCGGGCACACAUCCCUGAGACGAUUCCGACUGAGGACACACCCCAUGUUGACAAGGUGGGCUCAUCUGCGCUGCAAACAAUGCAGCCUCACAACCUGUCGCUCAGCUCCAAUUCCCACGAAAGCCUCUCCAUCAUCAUCAAGGUGUGCGCGGUCACCCCUUUGUUCUGCGUCUUCCUGUGCUGCGUCAUCGUCAUGCUCCACAUCUUCGCCUCCCACCGCCACUUCCUGGAGACGUCCCGCUACACCCUCUUCGCCUGCAUGCUCGUCAACGACACGGUGCAGCUGUUCUUCUCCGUGCUGCUCUUUCUCCUCUCUAUGGGCCGGGUGACGCUGGCCCUGGUGUACUGCGCCCCCUUGCUGUUUGUCUCCCUCGUCACCUUCCAGAACACACCCCUGAUCCUGGCCGCCAUGUCUUUGGAGCGCUACGUGGCCAUCGUUUAUCCCCUGCACCGGCCAGCCAUGUGGCGCUCGGACCGGCUCUGGGUGAUGGUCCUGGCCCUGUUGAUCUUAAGCUGCAUCUUUCCCAUCGCCAUGUUCUCAAUACGGCAGCCCGAACCCGCCGAGGACAUACUCACCACGCUGUAUGUGUGCAAAAACUUCAAUAUCAACUCCUCCCCGACGCAGACCAUCCUCAAGGUCGGCAUCCACGUGUCCUUCUUUUCCUUGGUGGCCGUCAUCGUCCUCUUCACCUACGUGCGCAUCCUGCUGGAGACCAGGAACCUGAGGCAGGACCGGGCCUCUGUGGGCCGUGCCAUGCACACGGUGAUGCUGCACGCCUUCCAGCUGCUGCUCUGCAUGCUGGCCUUUUUGUACCCUAUCACCGUGAGCUUUAUCCAGCUGCACGGUCACUGGUCCAAACAGGACGUGGCCUUUUUUAACUACUUCUGCUUCAUGAUCGUCCCCCGCUUUCUCAGCCCGCUCAUUUACGGUUUCCGCGAUCAGAGCCUGCGAGGCUACAUCGGGAAUAUCUUUAGUUGCUACUUUAAGAAGGCAAACCUCCAGGUCCGGACCUGAGACCGCCAACUUGGCACUUUCUUCAAUUCUGCCUUUACCAACAUAAGUUUGUCACAUUUCCUGCUUCCAUGGUGAGGCAAUGCA